UGGAGAAAUAGAUCUACAUGACAUGACUAUAACAGGCAAUAAUUUAUGAUGGAAAUAAUUAUUCAAGAGACAAACUCUCAGAGGGACGCCAUUCCUUUGUUGUCAUUCUCUAAUGGUCGACUUGAUUCCAGUUCAGCUGUUAAAGCAAAGCAUUCCCUUUACCAAGAGAAAGGUAUGAAGAGGAGGACACUGGUUACAAAGAUGGACCACAUGACGUACAUUGGUACCAAUUACGAGACUGAGGGAACCAUGAGCACCUUCUCUUUUAGAAAGUAUAUGAUUGGUGUUCUUGAUAAAGAGACUGGUACUAUGGAGUUACAUAAUACUGAUAUAUUUCAUAUGACACCUUAUAUCAAAGAAGUUCAAGGCCAUGCCAGUAACAAAUUAUUUUGAGUCAUGGCCUCCUGCCCAUUAAUUUGUACAUGUACAUGGAUAACAGGCAAACAGUUGA